AUUAAAGCUACUCUCCUCCAUCAUCUCGAGCUUACUGUAUAUAAAAAGCCUCUCAAAACCCUUUCCCUUUAUUCAUUUUAUUCACCAAAGAAAAAACUAAUAGAAACUUAACUAGACGACAAGAAAUACAUUUCUUGAUUUCUUGGUAAAUGGCGUCUUCAAAUACUCUGGCGAUAUCUCCGAGGAAGCUCCGUUCAGACCUUUAUUCAUACUCUUACCAAGACGGUUCUAGCACACCACUCGUGAUCUCUGUUCUCUCGUCUCUGAUUGAACGGACGUUGGCUCGGAACGAGAGGAUCAGCCGGAGCUAUGGUGGUUUUGGAAAGACACGUGUCUUCGACUGCCUAGAGAUUCCUGACAUGACGAUCCAAUCGUAUUUAGAGAGGAUUUUCCGGUAUACCAAAGCCGGUCCAUCGGUUUAUGUCGUGGCUUAUGUCUACAUUGACCGGUUCUGUCAGAAUAAUCAAGGUUUCAGAAUCAGUCUCACUAAUGUACAUCGUCUCCUCAUCACAACCAUCAUGGUCGCUUCCAAAUACGUCGAAGACAUGAACUACAGAAACUCGUACUUUGCGAAAGUAGGAGGAUUAGAGACAGAAGAUUUAAACAACUUGGAACUGGAGUUCUUGUUCUUGAUGGGGUUUAAGUUGCAUGUGAAUGUGAGCGUGUUCGAGAGUUACUGUUGUCAUCUUGAGAGAGAAGUAAGUAUAGGAGGAGGUUAUCAGAUCGAGAAGGCAUUGCGUUGCGCUGAGGAAAUCAAAUCCAGACAAAUUGUUCAAGAUCCUAAACACCAUAAUCAAUUUUCAAGAAUCUUGUUGUAGUCAAAAACUCUGUUUUGUUUUGUCGGUUUGCUUUUGAGGGUGUUUGACUUUUUGAUUACCUUGUGUCCUUGUCGGUUGGGUUUUUCUUGAAAUGUAAAUAGAGAGAAAAUAUAGAGACUGGUGUUGUAUGUAUCUAUGUAUUAGCAAAUGUAGAUUCUUCUAUCAUUCUGUGUACCUGUUGAGGUUUAAGGAAAUGGUUUUCUCA